AUGAGAUUUCAUGAUAGUAUACUAAUCUUCUUUUUUUUGGCAUCGCUUUACCAACAUGUUUAUGGUGCAAGACAGGUCGUUCGUCCAAAGGAGAAAAUGACUACUUCAGAAGAAGUUAAACCUUGGCUACGUACCAUCUAUGGAACCUCAAAGGAAUUAGUCACUCCAACGGUUAUUGCUGGUGUUACUUUUUCGGCGAAACCAGAAGAAACACCAAAUCCGUUGAAGCCUUGGGUGUCUUUAGAGCAUGAUGGUAGGCCAAAGACUAUUAAACCAGAAAUCAAGAAGGGUCAAACUAAAAAGGGAAGACCUGAUUAUAAAACCUACUUUAAGACGGCAGUAACCCACACAUAUUCUUAUGAAGAUUUGAAAGCCCACAACAUGGACCCUAAUCAAAAACAUGUAGAGGAGGAGUAUAUCGAUGAAGAUGACACGUACGUCUCCUUAAAUCCUGUUGUUAGAUGUACUCCUGAUCUUUACUUCAAUAAAGGUCUAGCAAAGGAUAUCCGCAGUGAACCAUUUUGUACCCCUUAUGAGAAUUCUAGAUGGAAGGUUGACCAUACUUACUUCGUUAGUUGGUAUACAAGAUUUUUUGAAGAUGUUAAUUCCGGCGAAGUCGCUGAUCAGGUUCGUGUUCAUCUGUCCUAUGUCAAGGAAAACCCAAGAGAGAAGGGCAAUUACAAAAGAGAUCUUCCUGGAACUUUUUUCUCAUCUGAAUGGAUUGAUAAUCUCAACGGCCUAAUGGCAAUUGAAGUCGAUGAAGAUUGGUUGCAAAACGAAUUUGAGCGUAGGAUAGUUGUAUCAGUUCAGCCAAAAUAUAUACCAGAUGAAGAUUUCAAUCCACUACAGUAUGGUGUUUUGUUACAUAUCACUAAGGGUUCAAGAGUGUUUAAGCCCACUAAGGAGCAACUGGCUUUAGAUGAUGCAGGUAUAACAAACGACCAGUGGUACUAUGUUGCACUAUCUAUUCCCACUGUCGUAGUGAUAUUUUUUGUCUUCAUGUACUUUUUCUUAUACGUUAACGGAAAAAACAGAGAUUUCACAGAUGUUACCAGAAAAGCUUUAAACAAGAAACGCCGUGUUUUAGGUAAGUUUUCGGAGAUGAAGAAAUUCAAAAACAUGAAAAAUCAUAAGUACACGGAGCUGCCAUCUUAUAAGAAAACAAGUAAACAAAAUUAG